AUGUUCAGCGGUCUUAAAUGGGGAAGACUUUUGAUUCAUAUUCAACAGGUUUCUGCUGCCUUUUCGAUUUUAACAAAUAUAUUUUUAAUACAUCUUAUUUUGAACAAGUCGCCGACGCAGAUUGGAGCUUACAAGUUUUUAAUGUUAUACUUCUCUUUUUUCGAGAUAUUUUACGGAAUUGUCGUUGCGUUAACAAGUCCGUUUCACCAUACCCAAUACGCAACCUAUUUGGCAAUUAUCAGUGCAAAAGAUCGUGAUUUAAGCCAUUUCACACUUAACAUAUUUAAUGCAAUGUAUUGGGGUUGUUACGGAAUGUCUCUCGCUAUGUUUGGUGUUCACUUUAUAUAUCGGUACUUGGCAGCCUGCGGAAGUCAGUUAGCAAACUCAUUCAACACCUGGAAAAUCGUUAUCUGGUUCUUGCUUCCUUUAAGUUUUGGAGCAAUUUGGUCUUUUGAUGGUUACUUUUUUUGCCGGCCAACAGAAGAAGUUACUAACUUCAUUAAAGACAGCGUUUAUGUCACGUUUGGCUUGAAAGAAUCAGAGUUUGUUUAUCUGGGCCCGAGGAUUUUUCAGAAAAACGAAAAUGGCAUUAUACAAUUCAAUGUAGGACCAUCUGCUGGUCUUGGCUUAAAUGUAAUGACUGUGAACAUAUCGUUUUUAGCAAUUUUCUUCUUCGGAAUUAAAUGCUACUUUUGUAUACAGAACAUGGUAAAGCAAAGUGCAUCUUCGAAAAGUAAUGCUCUCCAACGCCAAUUGUUCUACGCACUGGUGAUUCAAACCCUAAUACCAGUGAUUUUCAUGCAACUUCCCUUCACAAUUGUACUAAUUCUGUGUAUUUUUGAUAUAAACGAUGAUGUUAUCAGUGGUUUGGCGGUGAUGAGUAUUGCAGUGUAUCCAGCGAUUGAUCCGCUUCCCAAUAUUUUCAUUAUCAAAGACUACCGGAGAGCAUUGCUGAAUUAUUUACGCUGGAUCAAAAACAGAUUCCUAUGCAGGAAGCAUGUUGUCAGUGACGUCCGAAACGCUUCUUACUACACCGACGGACACACUACUAAAAAUGCUCCGAGUGCUCCUAGUCAUGUUCCGAUAGUUCAUAUGAAUACAUGA